CUGUAUCGUAUGUACACUGUAUUACACAAAAUUAUACAUGGUAUUUUAGGACGCAAAAGUCAGCUGGCAACAGCAGUAUAAAACUCUGGAACUUGCGCAGUGAUUUGCAUCCGAUACACACAUUUCGCGGCUUCGUUUUAUUUAUUUUGGUGAUAAAUGCUACAUUACCAGCACUGCCACAUUACUGACAUCGAAAAAGGAUAACUUGCGAAUUCACUAAUUCAAAAUGGCCCCACGAAAUCACAUCUACUCUUCAGUGGAGCUGACCCCGGAUGAAGGCAACGCAGAGCAGGUACAAGAGGAGCAUGGUGAGACCGACAUGCCGGGGACAGAGUCGGCGGAGAUGGCCGACAGUCAGCUAGGAGAUGGGGUGAAAGUCCCGACAAGAAUUGUGUGGCGUAACGUUGUUAUUAUGGCGGCGUUGCACAUCGCGUCCGUCUAUGCUUUCUUGUUUCUGACGUGGAAGUGUCGAGCGAAUACGCUCCUUUGGGCUAUCGGGCUUUAUCUUUGCGGUGGUAUUGGCAUAACAGCAGGAGCACAUCGGCUGUGGGCUCAUCGCACAUACAAAGCAAAGCUCCCUCUACGGAUACUCCUUGGAAUGUUCAACUGCGUAGCACUCCAGAAUGACAUCUACGACUGGUCACGAGACCACCGGGUUCACCACAAGUACUCGGAGACCGAGGCCGAUCCACACAACGCCACAAGAGGGUUCUUCUUCGCUCACGUCGGCUGGCUCCUUUGCCGAAAACAUCCUAAGGUGAUCGAGAAAGGGUCUAGAAUUGAUCUUCGUGACCUCUUGGAUGACCCAGUGGUGAAAUACCAAAGAAAGUUCUAUCUCCCGUUGAUUUUGUUCUUCUGUUUCAUCUUACCGACUGCUGUACCGGUGAUCUGCUGGGGAGAAUCCAUCUGGAAUGCCUUUUACGUAGCUGGGCUGCUACGCUACUGCUUCACUCUCAACUGUACCUGGUUGGUGAACAGCGCAGCACACUUGUGGGGGAACAAGCCUUACGAUCGCUUCAUCAACCCUUCCGAGAACAGAUUCGUGUCCUCCUUGGCAGUUGGUGAAGGCUGGCACAACUACCAUCAUACCUUCCCAUGGGAUUACAAGACAGGGGAAUUCGGCUGGAAGAUCAACAUAACAACCAUGUUCAUAGAUCUGAUGGCAACCCUGGGCCAGGCCACAGAGCGGAAGGUAGUGCCGAAAAAGGUCAUACAAGCCAGGAUGCAGCGCACUGGCAUUUUGGGUGCAGGAGUGGGAUGCGACUAAGCCCACGUUUUCUAGUUAAAAUUACAGCUUUUGUACUGCUGUAUAAGAAGAGUACUAGCAUUACUGUUAUUUUUUCAUGUCUUUUAAGGAACUUAGUAAAACAGCUUUGAUUAAUUUAAGGAUAAGGUUUGCUAUAUUAUAUGUUUUUCCAAAGCAAAUGUGUUUGGAUUUCAAAAGUUGACUUGUAUGUGUAUGUUUUUGUGUUUAAGAUGAAUUAUUGUGUAUUGCUGAUAAUGACGUUGUUCAAAAACAGCGCCUUCCUCUACAGAAUGCGAAACGGCAAAAACAUUUUAUCCAAUAAGUUCACAGUUGUAAACAACGACAAACUCUGGCUAAAAUCAUGUUCAUGGUGACAGCCAAAGUACCGAAAACAAACCAAAGUGAAACACAUUUUUAUAAAUGCACCCUGCCAAAGGAUGGCAUGGCUGGCUUAUAAUUGUCAUUACUAUAUUUAUAUUAUAACGAUUUGGUGACAUUUCUAAAUGUAUUAAAUUGGUGUGUACUUUGGUAUUGUAAGAUUGAAAUGUAAAUGCUCACAGAUUUCACUAUUAAACUUGGCAUUGGUAAGAUUGAAAUAAAAAUGCUCACAGGUUUCACAGAAACUUGGUAUAAAGAUGGUGGGAAAACUCCCCUUGUGACGUAUUUCCCGGAACUGCUUUAAUUUCGAUAUCGCUAGUCCAAACAAAAUCCGAAGUUUGAAAACAGAAAAAGAAAAAGUGAGUGUUAUUAAACUGAAAAGUCUGUCGACUCUGAUGUGAAUAUCGGCCUUAGAUAACUCCUUAUGUUUGCCUUGUAUUUUAAGCUGUAGUUUUUCCAUGUUGAAUUUUGGGACUAAGAUAUUAUUCUUAACAUUAAGACUUUAUUAAUAUUAAACUUAUAUUCUUACACUGUUAGACUCAAGUGCACUAAAAAUCAAAGUAACAUGGACAAGUGCCAUUUUGAAGAAGAAAACCUAUGAAACUGCUGUUGAUACAAUAGACAAUUAAGCGGUAGUUUCAUGUUACUUCCAUGUAUUUAUACGUGUUGUGUGGUGCAUCACUUCAAAAGAAGUCAUGUUGAAAAAAAGGUGUUUUCGCUCAGAAUAACCCAAAAUUCAUUGCACACCAAUAAUUUGUGGCCAAGAGCAUUUGAACAUGUCUAUAAACUUGAUCUAUUUCUUUUUUGAAAGUAUUGGGAUUUAGACUUGAAAGUCAUGUAAAAGUGCCUAAUUAGCUGUGAAAAAAACCGUUCACUUUCUUUUCGUUUUAUGAGAAAAUAUCAAAUUUGGAACAUUUCAGUAUGUUGUUGUACUACCGUUUAUAGUUUAACUAUUGUUAUUGUUAUUUCAACAUUGCCUAUACUAAAUAAAAAUAAACAAAAACUGCA